AUGUUGAAAAAUACCGGGAUGCCUAGACUCCCUCCCCCUACGACGGCUUCGACUCCGCACGAAAAAAAUCGCGACCUCUACGGUCUAGCGAAAUCUAAGCGAGGUGUAGCCUUACUCUUAGUCCUAUCUAUCACUUCGUUGUUCUCCUCAUUCUUGGCCCAACUUGGAAGUCUGGAUGUUUCAGGCACCAACGCGACAACACCUCUUACCUCCCUUGGCCUGGAAGCAGACAAGUCCUUCCAUCUCGGAAGUACUGUCAAAGAGACGUACAAGGCUGAGCUCAAGCAAUUCAUUCAGCGUGCGUUUCCUAAAGGAUUACGAGAGAUGGCUCAUGCUUCUAUCGAACUGUACUUGGGAGAUCAUACCCAGGCGCUUCCAGAGAUUCCACACAAUAUCUAUCAGACAUCCAAGAAAGACCCGAACUUGGAUUGGAGAUCUUCGACUUGGCGAAACAUCCCUGACUAUAGAUACUGGUUCUUUAAUGAUGAGUCGGCGGAUAAGUGGGUCCGUAGUGUCUUUGGUGGGUCUGAGAUGGAGAAGGUGUGGGAUGCGUUGGGAUCAGGGGUUAAACGGGCAGAUAUGCUGCGUUACCUCUUGGUCGCCGUCGAAGGCGGCAUUUAUUCUGAUGUGGAUACGGUACGCUUGAAAGGGCCAGAUAAAUGGGGCCACGGCGCAAAUUUUCAAGGGCCCAAGAGCAAGGGAUCGCCAAGUGUUUUUGUAGGCAUUGAAGCAGAUGUCGGAACGCGAUCAGAUUGGCACAAGUGGUGGCCUCGACCCCUACAAAUCGUACAAUGGACAUUUGCGGCAGCACCCUUUCAUCCUAUCCUUAUUGAUACCCUCCGCCGGGUGUACCAUGUCACCGCUAUAGUAGAAGCCAAUAAAGGCAAGAAUCAGACCUCGAAUGCCACAGACUUGGAGGGGCAUUGGGUCGGCGGAGAACUGUUGCGGGACGAUGGUACCAUUUCAAUCAUGGAAUGGACAGGCCCGGGAGUAUUUACCGAUUCGGUGAUUCGAUAUCUAGCCGCCGAACACAAUACGACAUGGCCAAUGUUGAAAAAUUUGCGUCGACCGCUAAGAAUUAGGGAUAUGGUUGUUUUACCUGUCACAGGGUUUUCACCAGGGGUUGGGUUGUUUGGAGCGGGAGAUACAGCCAACGCGGAAGCGAUGGUCCAACAUCUAUUCGCCGGUUCGUGGAAGUCGGGUUCUCAUGAUGAAUGA